AUUUUAAGUCAGACAUGGUUUCUUCUGGUGGAUGUAGCGGCAAUGGCACCACGAGAGUUGUGAACACUCAGUUGUGGACAGGAUGAGCCGCAAGCAAGACGACGACCAUGCGGAAGGAUUCCAUGGCGUGGAUGUAGACACUCUUCGAGGCUUCCUCGCUAUCGACAGCGACGCCCAUGAGAUCAUCGAGGAGUUGCGAUGGCAAAAGAUCCGAUGUCCAUACACACCGCGACGGAUACUUCUACGUGUACGAUCUCCUUCUCUCGGACGGAUCGGCGAAGACGACAGCGGCGGCGACAGCAGUGGCGAACGAGAGGCAUCAUAACACAAUUGAGAUGUCCGCAUUGAAUACAAAUCCACCGAGUUGCAAU